AUGAGAGCGAGAAGGCUGUUCAGUACUGCAGCAAGCGAGACCAAUAAGCUUUACAUAUCAUCUAUAUUCCCAAUCAGAUACGGUCGUUUCGAUCCACGUUACGCUUACUCGUUGCUUCGGGAGCAUUCCCUGAUCGAUUACCUCAGAACAAGACUAAACGAUAAUGGAAUACGCGUGCAUUCAAUAGAAUCGCGACUGCGAGAGGGCGGAGCAUUUGUUACAGUAUCAGAAGAUAACAGCUUAUCAACGAAAAGCAUACGUAAUCAACUAAUCGAUAAUGGUAACUUGAGGAAGACAACGCUAUUGAAUACGAACGUGUUUCCUGUAAUCGGUUCUCCCUUUAAUGAGGAUAUGGAUCGAUAUCCAUCAGCCCAACUGAGAGUGGAUUAUAACGGUCCUCAAAUAUCCCAGGAGGAGCUCUACAAUAUAUUCAGACGAUAUGGUCGCAUUAUGGAGAUAGAGUCCAGUAGUGGUGGCUUUGAUCUUACAUACCAGUCAACCUCUGCUAGUACAGCAGCUCGUUCCUGUGUACAUGGCUUUGUCACAGAUAGUGGCACUAAACUGAAGCUAACGUAUCAGCCGAGAGUAUCUAAACACUUCUACAAAGACUGGAUAAUGUCUCAUCCCCGUAUCGUUGUACCACUCCUAGUCUUCUUGAUUGGUGCAGUUAGUUACGUCAUCUUUGAUCCAGUGAGGGAGUAUGCAAUCAAGAGCAAGGUGAUGCGCACGUUCAGUCUUGAUGCAGUGAAGAAGAAGUGGCUCGUCUUUGGUGACAACUCUGUCAAAUCAUCGAGUGACGGUGUAGUCGCCAGCGAUAUCCAGGAGAGGAGGGAAGCUUUCGAGUCGGUAAAUAUAUGGCUGAAUGAGUCGCCCUCGACUUUCAUUACUCUCACUGGUGCUCGUGGAUCUGGUAAGAGCUCCCUCUUGAAGAAUCUCAUGCGCGAUCGUCAAGUACUCUCAAUCGAUUGUGCUCAAGUGUGCAGAGCCGAAAAUGACGCUCAGCUGGUCACUGAACUCGCCGAUCAGACUGGUUACUGGCCAAUCUUUGGUUUCUUGAGCAGCGUUUCUAAUCUACUCGACCUCGCCAGUGUUGGGUUGAUCGGCACAAAAGCGGGAUUCGCUACACCUUUGGAAGAUCAACUAAAACAAAUCCUCUCAAUCACAACUAAGGCUGUGGAGAAAGCUAGGGAUUUAAAGUUUUCAGCAUCAAAAUCUCAACAUGAUGACUUGAAACUUGGUCUGAAACAGGCUGCUGAGGAGGAGGUGAGAAAGAAUUCAAACUCCUUCUCACACGAUGGAAGAAUCGAUUGCAUUGCCGGUAAUGGAAUAAUGAGUGAACUCGGUGUUGGGAUAGAAACUGAUGACAUUGAUGAUCAAGUAUUAUCGCUUACUUUGAAUCGACUUGAAGGGUUAAAUAAGAACAAUUAUGAUGAAGAGAAAGAAAAGAUCAAGAGUAUACCAGUAGUUAUUGUCAAGAACUUUGACUUCAAAGGAGCAGAUCGUGACGUGUUGUUCGACGUACUGAGCACUUGGGCGUCUAAUUUAGUACUUGCGAAAGUUGCUCAUGUUGUCUUUGUGUCUGAUAACGUCAGUUCUAACAAACGCUUAGCCAAAGCCUUACCAAACAAGCCACUCAACUCUAUCAGUUUAUCCGAUGCUGACAUGCAUAACUCUGUCAAAUUUGUUAUGAAUAGACUGAGGAAUCUAACUCUUAGUAGUGAUGACAAGAAGCUUAUCGAGUUAAUUGGUGGACGUGUUGAAGAUCUUGAAGAUUUAGUGCGCAAGGUGCGCUCGGGAUUGAGCAUUCAAGAGGCUAUCAAUCAGAUAGUAGUGACGAGUGCUAGUGAGCUACGUCAAAAUAUUCUUGCCAAGAAUGAGCAUGGAUGGAAACCUGAAGAGGCAUGGUCAAUUAUAAAGGAGCUCUCAAAAGAAGAGAAGGUCAGCUACGCGUCAACAUUAAUUAACUGGCCUUUCACAGGAAACGAAGGAUCAUUGCAAGCACUCGAACAGCAUGAUUUAAUUACAAUUGUUCAUAAGAAUGGCAGACCAGCUGAUAUUGUCUCUGGGAAGCCAAUUUAUCGUACUGCUUUUAAGCAGUUAGUUAAUGACUUACCAUACAAAGCGCUUUUAGAUGUAACUUCAAACAAACUAAAGAGGGAAUAUAAGGAGGGACAGAUUAGAAAGUGGGAAACAGAGCUGUUAGAUUUGAAGAAUAUAGGUUUAGAUGACGGGACAUUCUUCACAUCAUUUAGAUCACCUUCAGCUACUCAAUUACGCGCAGAAUAUCUCCUCAAACAGAUAUACGCAGCUCAAUCAACAGUCAACAAGAUUGAAAAAGAGUCAGAUAAGCUAAAGAAAGUAAUGUAA